AUGGAGCUGCCGCCGGGCGUGGUGCGGAAUUUCGAGCGGCCAACCAGCAGCAACGCCAUGCUCUUGAUCGUCAUUUCUCUUUCCAUUCCCACGACGUGCAUGUUCCUCAGUCUCAUCAUUACGAUCAAGACAGCCAUCCUCGUGGAGUGGAUCUGCAUCUUCCUGCCAGAUGGCGGCAAUCAGCGUCCCCUGUUCUUCUGGACGUGUCACUUCAUCAUCUGGGCCAAUAUUGUUUACUUCACAGUGGCGGAGGCUACUGCGGACCACGAGCGCCGACCUGACGUACCACUCGUCGAUGGUGCAGCUGAUGGCAGUGGUCGAGGGCGUGUGCGGGAUUCUGGUCCUGUGCGUGCCGGCGAUGUCCAAGGCCGUGAGUGGGAUGAAGCGGAAGGGCUCGAUGGCAUCGCGGCUAUCUCGGGCAAGGCGGCAGACCAGUUGACCCGAUGGCUGCGUCGGCCGCCUCAUAAGGAUGAUCCUGACGGAGACAGUAAGGACAAGGACGACAGUCUGUCUUGGCACAUUGGAUCUAGCUUGGACAGUCGUCCGCUGCCUAACAUCAACACGGACGGCCCGGGACUGGGCAAUACCAUCAAUGGUCCGCAGCACGAGGUUGGGGGCUGCGAGCUAGGCCCCAAGACUGCUGACGAGAGAUGCGGGUGCCUCAGUGACGGUCAUGGAACAUGA